AUGUCGUCAAAAACGAAAAAGACUGUCUCAUCAUCGUCGAACAUCAGUGUGGUGUCAUCCGUUCAAAGCCCGCAGCAGUCAAGCACUCCUGUUGGAAGCCGACCUUCUAGUUCUGCCGGCAGGCCAAAUAGCCCGUUAAGUCCUACUCGGCACACCCGUCUUCAAGAGAAAGAUGCUUUACAAAAUCUUAAUGAUCGUUUAGCGGCUUACAUUGACAAAGUUCGGCAAUUGGAAAGUGAAAACUCAGGCUUGCGUCGGGAGAUUCAAACUACACAGGAGGUGGUCACACGCGAGGUUUCUAACAUAAAAGGCAUCUAUGAGCACGAACUCCAGGACGCUCGAAAACUUUUAGAUGAUACAUCGCGUGAGAAAGCUAAAUUAGAGAUCGACCUAAAGAGGUUAUAUGAGGAGAAUGAUGAUUUGAAAAAACGCUUAGACAAGAAGACCAAGGAUUGUCAACAAGCAGAAAACUUGUCACGUCAUUUUGAGUCGCGUUUCACUGAGGAGAGUAAUAAAUACAAUAGUGCACUUGCUGAUAAGAAGAAAGCUCAAGAUGAAGCCAGGGAGCUGGCUAAAGAAUUGGAGAAGUUGCGAAAAGUUUACGCUGACACGCGCAAGACCUUGGAGGAAGAGAUGUUAUGCCGCAUUGACAUGGAGAACACCGUACAGAGCUUGCGUGAGGAGCUUUCCUUCAAAGAUCAGGUGUUCCAACAAGAACUCCAGGAAACACGCACCAGACGUCAAGUGGAGAUAUCUGAAAUUGAUGGUCGUCUUGCACAACAGUAUGAAGCUAAGCUACAGCAAAGUCUACAAGAAUUGCGCGAACAGCAAGAGGCCAACAUCAAAGCCAACCGUGAUGAAAUUGAAGCUCUCUAUGAAAACAAGAUGAAGAACCUGCAGAAUGCUUCUCACCGUAACAGCACAGCGGCUAAUGUGGCUGUGGAAGAACUGCGUACUAUGCGUACGCGCAUUGAUAGUUUGAACGCCACGCUCAAUGAAUUGGAAAAUAAGAACGCUGCACUUAGCAAUCGCUGCCGCGAGUUGGAGCGCCAGUUAGAGUCGGAGCGUGCACGACACGCUGAGGACCUGGCCUCGCUCGAGCAAGAGCUGGCGCGUCUGCGGGACGAGAUGGCGGCUCAGCUACGCGAGUACGCCACGCUUAUGGACAUUAAGAUCUCGCUUGACCACGAGAUAGCCACUUACCGUACACUCCUCGAAGGAGAGGAGGACAGGCUGAACCUGACGUCGCAGUCCCCCGGGCGCGAGUCGCGCGCGUCCACGAGCGCGGGGCUGAGCGCGGGCGGGCGCGGCACGCCGGCGCGCCGCGCCACGCCCCUGCGCGCCGCGCGCAAGCGCACGCUGCUGGACGAGAGCGAGGAGCGCAGCCUCAACGACUUCAGCGUCACCUCCAGCGCCAAGGGGGACCUCGAGGUCGCGGAGGCCUGUCCCGACGGCACCUUCGUCCGCAUCAGGAACAAGGGCAAGAAGGAGCUGAGUCUUGGCGGCUAUCAAAUCAUCCGCAAAGCUGGUGACCAGGAAACGUUGUUCAAGUUCCAUCGCACGGUGAAGCUAGAGCCGGGCGCGGUGGCCACGGUGUGGUCCGCUGACGUGGGCGCUGAGCACGACCCACCGCGCGACAUUGUUAUGAAGGGUCAGAAAUGGUUCGUCGCCGACUCUUUCACCACAGCUUUGAUUAACAACGAACAGGAGGAAGUAGCAGUGUCGGAGAGACAAAGGAGACAAGUCAGCACGAGCGCACAGCGACACCGUGAGCUCGCUCAUAAAUAUCCUCGUCGCGAACAGUUGGGAGAGCUUCGUGAGGGAGAAGAGAACUGCCGUAUAAUGUAA